AUGAAGUUCGGCCUACUCGUCAUCGGCCCUGCGGGGAGCGGGAAGAGCACAUUUUGCUACUACCUGCAUCAGCACAUGCAGGUCCUGCGGCGCCACUGCCGCUUAGUCAACCUCGAUCCAGCAGCGGAGUACUUUGCGUACCAACCAGAUAUCGACAUCCGCGACCUUGUGACGGUUCAGGAUGUCGAAGAUGAACUCCACCUCGGUCCGAAUGGCGCCCUGGUGUUCGCCAUGGAAUUCCUUCAGCAGCGCAUAGACUGGCUCGAAACCCAGUUUGCAGACUUUGGAGAAGACGAACUCUUCAUUCUCGACUGUCCCGGGCAGGUGGAGCUCUACACGCACCUCGCCUUGAUGGCUGAAAUCUGCAACAGCAUGCAGGCCUGGGGGUUGCGACUCUGCGCGUGCUGCUGCCUGGACGUGUCGUUCAUGACGGACUCCGCGAAGCUUCUGGGCGGCUCUCUCAUGGCGCUGAGUGCAAUGGUCCAGCUCGAGCUCCCCCACAUCAAUCUCCUCACAAAGUGUGACUUAGUGGACAAAAAUCUCUCCCUUAUGCCCUCGCGGAAGUCGCGAGCUGCGGGCCGAAGGCGGCGACCGGAGCGCGCAGACGAACACGCCGAAGGGGACUUCGAUUCGGAGGACGAACCCGAAGACGAAACGGAGGCUGACGAAGCCAACUCCUCAACGUCGCGUUCGUUCGGCCUCUCUGCGCUGGCUGCGUGGCCAGAUUACGGCGACGAGCCAACAGACGCCAAAGAGGCGGCCAUAGAUGCUCUGCUGUCGCGAGAUCCUCACCAAAUCGUCCAACAACUAGACGAAUGCAUGCCAGCGAAGUACAAGGCCCUCAAUGCAGCAUUCGCGACACUUGUCGAAGAUUAUGGCCUCGUCUCGUAUCUCCCAUGCAACGUGCUGGACGAAGAGUCGCUGGCCGUCGUGACCUCUGCGCUGGAUCACGCGCUCCAGUACGGCGAGGAUCUAGAGGUUCGCGAAAGUGACGUUAUCGGCAACGCAGAAGGUGCGUAG